AUGAUUAUCGAACGGAAUUUAGGAAAAGAUUUGUGGCCUUUAAUUGAUUGGGUUGCUGGAACUAGUACAGGUUCAAUUCUUGCUUGUGCUUUGGCCAAAGGCAAAUCCAUAUCAGACUGCCAAAAACUUUAUUUACAAUUAAAAAAUCAGUUAUUUAAUGGAACCAGGCCUUAUAACCCGGCAAUUUUGGAAAGGUUAUUAAUUCAAUCAAUUUCUUCUGAUUUUUUGUCUUCAAUUGAAAAGCCAAAAAUGUUGAUAACUGCAGCCAAAAUGGAUGUUGCCCCUCCAAAUUUAGUUUUAUUCAGAAAUUAUCAAUUGCCGGAGGAAUUGUUGAAAGAAGAUAAAUUUAAUGAAAUGGGACAUGUAGAUGAAAAUACAACUAUUUGGAAAGCUGCCAGAUGUUCGAGUGCUGCCCCAACAUAUUUUCCUCCAUUUGACGAUAUUUAUAUUGAUGGAGGUGUUAUUUGUAACAAUCCAACAAUGGAAUUACUUACAGAAUUUACAAAACUUAAAAAUUAUUUUAAUUUAAAUUAUCCAUAUUGUGUUAUUUCAAUUGGGACAGGAACUCCUCCAACAAAAAGUUUAACAAUUUAUAGGCCUUUAAUUGGUAGAGUUAUUCAAAAAGUAUCGAAAACAACAGAAUUUAUGAGAAAUAUGGCACAAUGUCUUGUUAAACAGAUUACUGAAUCAAAUGGAAGGCCAGUUGUUUACAGCAAUACAUUCUGUUCUGCUUUAGGCAUUCCUUUCUUUCGUUUUUCGCCUCAAUUACACAAAGAUGUGCGUUUAAACGAAACUGAUGAUGCCUGUCUACUUCAAAUGUUGUGGGAUGUGGAAGUUGCUAUGGCUGAAUGUAGGGAUGAAACGAAUAAAUUAGUAAAAAUUCUUAGAGAACGAUUGGAGUAUUUAUAA